AUGUCAAAGUCAAUCAUAAAAAACUAUGAUAAUAUCUUCUCGGACGCUGGCGACUCGUUGGAUAAUGUUUCGGUCCUUUCAGAUGCUAGUCAAUCCGAUCACGAGCAAGAGCAGAUAGACGAGGAGGCUUAUGCGCAAUAUGCAAAAGAGAAAGAAGGCUUUUUCAAAAGGAUUGUGGGAACGCUUACCCUCAAGCGCAAGAAAAAGGCUCAAAAAACUGUCGCCAAAGACAUUAAUCUUUAA